GAGUCUGGCAGGCUGACAGCUACAUCCUGUAAGGCCGGUUUCCACGUGACUCUGACGUGUUUUUACUCUCUGGAUUUCUGAGGGUGUGAAGGCGUCCUCAGAUCAGAUGCAGGCAGACUCAGGACUGAAGAGGAAGAGAUGAGCAGAGUUUCUGUGAGUGGACCUGAAGAGAGUCUGUGAGUGGACCUGAAGAGCGUUCAGCAGGUGGGGGCUCUGCUAUGGAUCAGUGUGAGGACAGAGAGGAGGAAGCCCCUCCCUCUAAAAGCUCUGGGGAACAUGACAGCCAGACCAAAGCUCAGAGCCCAGAGCAAACACCUCAUUCUGUUGGACCUGGACCUGGACCUGGACGUGAACCUGGACCUGGACCUGGACCUGGACCUGGACCUGGACCCAGCUCUGUGUCCAGUAACCAGCUUACUGCCAGAGACCAGAACCAGGGAGAAAAGAUGGAGACACCUAGAAAAGUCCUAAAAAGAACUUUAAAAGAUUUGGGGGAUGAUGAGUUUAAAGACUUCAAGUGGCACCUGCAGGAGAAGGUCCUAGGAUUUCCAGGAAUCCCAAAGAGUGAACUAGAGAAAGCAAACCGGAGGGACACAGUGGAUCUGAUGUUUCUGUACUACGGCAUACACACCAUUAAAGUGACCAGAGAAGUUUUGAAAGAGAUCCCGAGGAAUGAUCUAGAAGGGGAAUUAUCAAAAUUCCCAUCAGACCCUGAAGAUAUUUUCACAAAGUGCCAGGGUGAACUCAAAUCAAACCUGAAGGAAAAAAUUGAAUUUAUCAAAUUUAUGGAAAAAUUUGAAUCCCUAAAUGAAAUCUACACGGAGAUCUACAUCACCAGGGGAGACACCGGAGAGGUCAACAAGGAACAUGAGAACAGACAGAUCGAACGAGCAUCCAGUAAACCAGACAGAUCAGAAACACCAAUCAGACAAGAAGACCUCUUUAAAGGCUCAACUGAAAGAGGUAAACCAAUCAGAGCAGUGAUGACAAAGGGCGUGGCUGGCAUUGGGAAAACAGUCUUAACACAGAAGUUCACUCUGGACUGGGCUGAAGGCAAAGCCAACCAGGACAUCCAGUUCAUAUUUCCAUUACCUUUCAGAGAGCUGAAUGUGGUGAGAGAGAACAAGUACAGCUUGGUGGAACUUGUUCAUCACUUCUUCUCUGAAACCAGAGACGCAGGAAUCUGCAGGUUUGAUCAGUUCAAGGUUGUGUUCAUCUUUGACGGUCUGGAUGAGUGUCGACCUCUGAAAUUCCACAACUCUGAGAUGCUGACUGAUAUCAGAAAGUCCACCUCAGUGGAUCGGCUGCUGACAAACCUCAUCAGGGGGAAACUGCUUCCCUCUGCUCGCCUCUGGAUAACCACACGACCUGCAGCAGCCAAUCAGAUCCCUCCUGAGUGUGUGGACAUGGUGACAGAGGUCCGAGGGUUCACUGACCCACAGAAGGAGGAGUACUUCAGGAAGAGGUUCAGAGAUCAGGAGCAGGCCGGCACCAUCAUCUGCCACAUCAAGACCUCACGAAGCCUUCACAUCAUGUGCCACAUCCCAGUCUUCUGCUGGAUCUCUGCUUCAGUUCUGGACCACAUGUUGAAAACUGAGAGAGGAGAGCUGCCCAAGACCCUGACUGAGAUGUACGUCCACUUCCUGGUGGUUCAGUCCAAAGUGAACGUCAAGUAUGAUGAAGGAGCUGAGACAGAUCAACACUGGAGUCCAGAGAGCAGGAUGAAGAUGAUGGAGUCUCUGGGAAAACUGGCUUUUGAGCAGCUGCAGAAAGGCAAACUGAUCUUCUAUGAGUCUGACCUGAGAGAGUGUGGCAUCGAUAUCAGAGCAGCCUCAGUGUACUCAGGAGUGUUCACACAGGUCUUUAGAGAGGAGAGAGGAACGUACAAUAACACAGUGUUCUGCUUCGUCCAUCUGAGCGUUCAGGAGUUUCUGGCUGCUCUUCAUGUCCAUCUGACCUUCAUCCACUCUGGAGUCAACCUGCUGUCAGAAGAACCAACAACCUCCUGGCUGCUUAAAUUAUUCAGAGCCAAACCCAAACCUGAACUAACACAUCUCUACCAGAGUGCUGUGGACCAGGCCUUACAGAGUCCAAACGGACACCUGGACUUGUUCCUCCGCUUCCUCCUGGGUCUUUCACUGGAUACAAAUCAGACCUUAUUACAGGACCUGCUGACACAGACAGGAAGAAGCUCACAGACCAACCAGGAAACAGUUGAAUACAUCAAGAAAAAGAUAAGAAAGAACCCGUCUCCGGAGAAAAGCAUCAACCUGUUCCACUGUCUGAAUGAACUGAAUGAUCGUUCUCUAGUGGAGGAGAUCCAACAGUCCCUGAGAUCAGGCAGUCUCUCCACAGAGGAUCUGUCUCUUGCUCAGUGGUCGGCUCUGGUCUUCAUCUUACUUUCAUCAAAAGAAGAUCUGGAUGUGUUUGACCUGAAGAAAUACUCUGAUUCAGAGGGGGCUCUUCUGAGGCUGCUGCCAGUGGUCAAAGCCUCCAGGAAAGCUCUGCUGAGUGGCUGCAACCUGUCAGAGAGAAGCUGUGAA